GUGACUUGCGACACCAGCGUCGUCAUCACGCUCUCCUCUGUUACGUUCUGGAGACUAGGCCAGCGAAGUCCGUCCAUGCUAGGCGAAAAUUUCAGUUUUUGCUGGGUGUUUCUCGUUGUGACUGUUCUCGUUCUUCUUCUCGUAAUGUCUUCGAAUGCUGCCGACACCGGGGGUGCAAAAUACGCCUCGGUUGAUUUCGAGAUAUUUGGAAACGUGCAGGGUGUCUGCUUCAGAAUGUACACAGAGGACCAGGGCGAGAAGCUGGGCCUUACCGGCUGGGUGAAGAACACUCGCCAGGGAACGGUGAUCGGUCAGGUCCAAGGGCCUCCGGACAAGGUCAUAGAGAUGAAGGCGUGGCUGAGCAGAGUGGGCAGUCCCAGUUCCCGUAUCGACCGUGCCGAGUUCACCAAUGAGAAGGAGAUUUCCAAACUGGAGAUCCACGGCUUUGGAACCCGUUAUUAAAACGCCACGUUCCCCGCUAAACAUGACACUGGAGAAGAGAAGACAACGUCCACUUUGGUCUUGCUCAAGUACUGUAGAUUUCUUCACCAUUGCUAAAUUAAGUCUGAUAUGCAUCACUGCAGUAGCAGUGUUCAAGAAAAGAAACAAAUGUGUGCCAUUACUCACAUCCAACCUUUAAUAUAGGAAACUACAACCAUGAUCUUGUACACCCUUGACAGUACCUGUGUCCAGUCUUAUGAGUAAAACAGUUUCGAAUACAUUUGUUUAAACUCACUUUAUCUCACAAUAACGAGAAUGGUUUUCAGACUUGCACAGAGGGCAUAUUAUUUUGAUCUUUCUCUGACAAAUGGUGUUUGAAAUGUUUGAAGUGAUGAAAUGUGCCUUUGGUCUCCGGGUGUUAAUGCAGCUCUAUGCAAAAGGUAAAUGCAAAAAAGAGCACUCUUGCCUGACUAAGUGAACUAAACUAAAGUUACCUAUUGUUUGCACAAACCUAGCUCAUCCUGAGGUUAGACCUAGAAUGACUGUUGUGAGUUUAAAAUGCAUUAAAUGUGUUCAGUGUGUGGGUAACAUCUAUGUAUUUAUUGGUGUAGUAUCUCCUGUCUGUGUGUGGAUUACAUUGCACUGUAAUGUUAUAUAGAAAACACCCAUGAAAAUAAAGUAUCAGUAUUUAAAUAUUUUAA